CGCGAGGGCGGGGCCACGUAACGCAGCGCCGCCCCCGCCUCGGAGGACCCCGCCGGUUCCUUCGGUAGCGACGGGCGGGGGGGGUGAGGGGGGGGCCCGGGCCGGAGCAUGUCCAGGCCACCGCUGCUGCCCGCAGAGGGACGGAUGGCGGCCACCCCGGCCCGCUGUGGACUGCUGGUGGCCACCGUGCCCAUGACCAGCUGAGGACAGGGCCUCUUCCCGGCCGUCAUCAUCCUCCCUGGCCUCUCUCCCCGAUUGGGAUCCCCCUUCUCCGCCACCAUGAACGGGCUGUCCAUCAGCCAGCUCUGCUGCCUCUUCUGCUGCCCGCCCUGCCCCAGCCGCAUCGCUGCCAAACUGGCCUUCCUGCCCCCGGAGCCCACCUACGCCGUGGUGCCCGAGCCGGAGCCCGUCGGCAGCACCAGCACCGGUUCCCUGCGCGGCGGCGGCGCCGCGGGGCGAUGGAAGCUGCACUUGAAGGACCGGGCGGAUUUCCAGUAUUCCCAGCGGGAGCUGGACAACAUCGAGGUCUUCGUCACCAAAAGCAGCCGAGGGAACCGCGUCGGCUGCAUGUACGUCCGCUGCGCGCCGGGCGCCAGGUACACAGUGCUUUUCUCGCAUGGCAACGCCGUGGACCUGGGGCAGAUGAGCAGCUUCUACAUCGGGCUGGGCACCCGCAUCAACUGCAACAUCUUCUCCUACGACUACUCGGGCUACGGCGUGAGCACGGGCAAGCCCUCGGAGAGGAACCUCUACUCGGACAUCGACGCGGCGUGGCAGGCGCUGCGGACACGGUAUGGAAUCAGCCCAGAGAACAUCAUUUUAUACGGCCAAAGCAUCGGCACGGUGCCCACCGUGGACCUGGCCUCCCGCUACGAGUGCGCUGCCAUCGUGCUCCACUCCCCGCUCACCUCUGGCAUGAGAGUUGCCUUCCCUGAGACCAAGAAGACCUACUGGUUCGAUGCCUUCCCCAACAUUGAGAAGAUCUCCAAAAUCACCUCUCCCGUCCUCAUCAUCCACGGCACGGAGGACGAAGUCAUCGACUUCUCGCACGGGCUGGCGCUCUUCGAACGCUGCCCCAAGGCGGUGGAGCCGCUCUGGGUGGACGGGGCCGGGCACAAUGACAUUGAACUCUACAGCCAGUACCUCGAGCGCCUUCGGAAAUUCAUCUCCCAGGAGCUGGCCAGCCAACGCAACUAGCCGUGGGGUCUGGGGGUGGGGGCAGGCAAGGGCCUUCCUGCCUCUCCCUCCAGUCCCUCCCAGCGUCCUUCCCCAGUCCCCUGCUGGCGGAGGUGCGAUGAGUUUGUACAGCCUCGGCUCCAGCCUCGGGAGAGGGCAGGAAGCCCUGGAGCUGGACGGUGUGUUCUCCUCUCGGACACGAUCACAACUCUCCUCCCUCCCGGUGCCAGCCCCGGCGCUGCUGGCCCCACGGCUGGGCUGGCGAGAGAUGGCAGCUCCCUCCUUCCCCCAAAAAGACCACCCUCUCGAUGGCCAAUCCUCGGCUUCGGACACGUCCUCGUCCCCUCUCCUAAAACAGUGAAUCUCUGAAUUCCUCCUGGCCUCUCUGCUGCUCUGAGUCUAGCAAUAAGAUGAGUUGGAGAGGGGCUGUGGGUCCAGCCCCCUCCCCGCCGUCGCUGUGGGGCAGAGGAGGUGGCAGUUCCUGCCCUCUGUGGAGCUUUCCUGGGGUGCCUGGUGUUCGCCCCGUGGCUGGGGCAGAGCCGUGGCCCCAAGGGGAGUUUGGGGACGGGUGGAGGGGGUGCCCCCCUGCCCCACACCCCCUCGGGUCUGGCCCUGCUCUGCCUCCUCAGAGCGCUCCCCGGGUUCUCCACCCCUAGAAACCCUUUUUCGUGCCGCUCACUCGCGGUGCGUUUGGGAAACGGGACGAGGAAACCAGGCACCGAAUAAAGAGCAGAAAUUUAACGUUUUA